AUGCGCUUUCUCCACCUCUUGCCCGUAUGGCUACUAGCACACAGCGUGAUAGCGGCUACUAGCCCGCAAUGCAAAUAUCCCUGCUGGCCCUCGGACGCAAGCUGGUCGGCAUUGAAUGUGACUGUCUCGGGUCGUUUGAUCAAGACAAUUCCUCCUGGCUCGGUCUGCUACAGAUCAGAGCCAAAUUACAGUCCAUCUGCUUGUGAAUAUCUGCUCAAGAAUUGGUCUAACUCGGAGUAUCACUCGUCCAAUCCGGUGACGGUGUCUGAUCCCUUAUGGUCUAAUAGUAGCUGCACUCCAAUCUAUCCCAAUGGAACCAGUGUCUCUGGGGAUCCGAAUGCGGGUGCUAAGGGAUGUUCUCUGGGAUAUCUGUCUCCCUAUGUUGUGAAUGCGACCACAGCGGAGCAUGUGACUGCUACUUUGCAGUUUGCAAAGAAGCACAAUGUGAGGCUCAACAUCAAGAAUACUGGACAUAACCCGGAGAAGAGAAUCUGGACGCACCACAUGAAACAGCUCAAAAUCCAUCAGUCUUUCAAGCCUUCAAACUGCAGCUCCGCUAAGAGUCACCUGGCAGCAACUGUUGGCGCUGGGAUUCAAGAUGGUGAGCUUCUUGACCAGCUAGCCAAGCGCAAUCUGACGGCUGUCACUGGAACCAACGCGGAUGUUGGUGUUGCUGGAUGGGCAACUGGGGGUGGUCACGGUGUGUUGACUGGAACGUACGGUAUGGGCGCUGAUAAUAUUAUCGAAGCCAGUAUCGUCACCCCCAACGGCGAUCUCAUCACAGCCAAUGAAUGCCAUAACAAGGACCUCUUCUGGGCCAUCCGGGGUGGAGGUGGCAGCACAUUUGGUGUUAUUCUGAGCCUUACAGUAAACGUGUACCUUAUGCCGUCGCUAUCCACCGCUACAGUUUCCAUAAGUGCACGUAGUGGAACAUCCGGGAAGACAUGGUGGAAGCUUAUUGCCAGUAUUCACAAGGAAAUGGUCAAUCUUCAAGAUGCAGGAGUGAUGGGCUAUUACACUGCUGGUUGUCUGCCUUACAGCUUCCAGUACACGAUGUUCCAGCUCAACACGACUAACACUAGCUCGAUCAGCCGCAUGAUCGGCCCACUUACGAAACACGUCCUAAGACACAACGAGAGCGUUGAGUCUUCAAUAUUAUCUUCAUGGUUGCCUGUUUGGUAUACUAUUGAGAAGAUUGCCCCGUCAGGCGGGGAUGCCGGUAUUAACCGUGGGGCCCGCGCAACCCGACUCCUUCCUCGCAAGGCAGUUGAAGAUACCGAUUCACUUGCAAAGACUCUUGAGAUUAUUGGAGAGAGAAACGAAGCCUUUGCGAAUGGAGUCUCUAACCCGUCUCUUUCGGGAACCAUGACCAUCAGUCACAAGCCAGUCGACAAUUCCAUGAACCCGGCUUGGAGGAAUUCUGCUGUUCACUUGAUUAGCAGUGUCCAAUGGAAUGAUCUGUUGCCUGUUUCUGCUGCCGAAAAGGCUAUUGCGGGCGUGACUAAUAGUUCUGGAUAUGCCAUGCGACAGCUUGCCCCAGAUUCUGGAGUGUACUACAAUGAGGCUAAUUCUUGGGAGCCCGACUGGCAGUGGGCAUUCUGGGGACCAAAUUAUCCCCGAAUCCUGUCAAUCAAGCAAAAAUAUGACCCGGAAAACCUCUUGUGGUGCCACCACUGUGUGGGGAGUGAGUCAUUUGUGCAGCAGAACAAUGGUUCUCUUUGUCGUGUAUUUUGA